UCUGAACUGGAUAUUAAGGUCCGAUAUUACUUUUAUGGAGCGUGCUUAGCAACCCCCGUUGCCUAGCUACUUUGACCCGCCCACUCAGUUGAGCGGCGACAUCUCACCAAUUAUCUGCGACCUUUUGUUCUCUUGUCCAAUAGGAAUCAGAGCGGGGCGUGUACUUCCCCAUCAGGGUUCCGUGUGGAAAGUUUACCGGCUCGGGUGCAAAGUUUCAGCCGUCUGCAAAGUGGAGCUGAGCGAACAACGGACCGUGUGUUUGUCGAGCACUGCGAGCUUUUAACGGAUGGUUUUAAGUGUCAUAUUUUCGUUGUCUUCCGCGCUGUUACUGGGGGAGAGUCGUGUACAAAGACUCGCGUUUUGUCUCAGGGAGCCAUUGCUCGGCGUUAGCUUGUGGAGUUGAGUCUAGCUAGCUAGCUAGCUAAGUGCUAGCUAGUCUUUCUCCCUUAUAACGUCAAUAUUUGAACGGAGACAAAAUGGCUUGUGAGCCCAAUCGCGCCCGACUGCUAUGCAUGCUCUCGUUGACUUUUUCCUUCUUCGUUGUGGAGGUGGUGGUCAGCCGGAUGACCUCAUCCCUCUCGAUGCUGUCGGACUCUUUUCAUAUGUUGUCGGACGUCAUGGCGCUAGUUGUGGCUCUGGUGGCGGUCAGAUUCGCCGAGAAGACACAAGCCACCAAUAAGAACACCUUCGGCUGGAUCCGGGCUGAGGUAAUGGGGGCUCUGGUCAACGCCGUCUUCCUCACCGCUCUGUGCUUCACCAUCGUCCUGGAGGCGGUGGAGCGCUUCACCAACGCCCACGAGAUAGAGAAACCGCAGGUGCUCGCCGGCGUGGGAUUCGCUGGGCUGCUGAUCAACCUGCUUGGACUUUGCUUGUUCCACGGACACGCCGGUGGGGGGCACGGGCACUCGCACGGGAAUAAGAAGGGUAAAGCUGGGAAGUCUGAACGAGCUGGUAAUGGGACUUCUGGAGAGACCAACAAUUUGGUGGGCAACCACAGCAGCUCGGGGGAUGCCUCUCAAACAACCGAUCUCAGCUGUAGAGACAACACAGGGGUGCAGAUCAAUGGCGGCACCCUGUACGAGGAGCUGGACCACGACCACAGCUCGUCCUCGCAGCUCAACAUGCGCGGCGUCUUCCUCCACGUUCUGGGCGACGCCCUGGGCUCUGUCAUCGUCGUGAUCAACGCCUUGAUUUUCAUCUUUGUGUGGCAGCCCUGCGAGAAAGGCGAUAUAUGUGUCAACCCGUGCCUCCAUAGCCACGUCUCCAACCACCACAGCAACCAGACCCAUGAGGACGACAUAAUCCCCAAGGUAGCGGGCCCUUGCUGGGUGCUCUACCUGGACCCCACGCUCUGCCUCAUCAUGGUGUGCAUCCUCUUGUACACCACGUACCCGCUGCUCAAGGAGUCGGCGCUCAUCCUGCUGCAGACUGUCCCAAAGCAGAUCAACAUCCACCGCCUCAACGAGCGCCUCCUCUGCCUGGACGGCGUCCUGGCCAUCCACGAGCUGCACAUCUGGCAGCUGGCUGGCAGCCGCAUCAUCGCCACGGCGCACAUCAAGUGCCACGACCCCACGUCCUACAUGGAGGUGGCCAAACGCAUCAAGGACUUCUUCCACAACGAGGGCAUCCACGCCACCACCAUCCAACCCGAGUUCGUCACCUUCAACUCUGAGUCGCAGGACUCCCUGUGCGAGCUCUCCUGCCGGACUCAGUGUGCCCCCAAGCUGUGCUGCGGCUCUGCCGACAAGCAGAACACCGCAUCCGAGAAUAAGCCCACCAAUGACGUCAGGGUGACCAUCUCCUCGGCUCUGGAGCCUGCUGAGCCCCCGGAACUAUCCGCCGCCUCUCCUCUGGUGCAGGCUCAAGUGAGCGUGACCCAAGAGGUUGAGUCGUCUCUGUGAGAUAACGCUGGAAUAACUGUUGUUUGCACGUUGUCAAUACUGGAAAAAUGGCGCCAGCAUAAGCACCAAGCAAACAUUGCUCCCCACUUCAUCAUGUCACUGCAGUCUUCAUGCAUUUUCUUCUUCUAUCCAUUACCUGUAGUGGUAUGCUGUCCCAUGCUGAUGCUGUGCCAAAGCUUUUCACAUCAGCACCUGAUGGACCACAUCCUUGCAUCUCAUCACACGUCACACACGCGUAUCUCAGCCUGUGGACCUUUUUAUGGGUUUUCUCACCUGCCCCCACAGAAUGUAUUGUAAUGAUUUAAGUAUUUAAGUUAUUAGAAAAUUCUUCAGACAUUGCUUCUAUUUCCUCAACGGCCAACCAUCUAUGCUGUUUUUACCUAGCCUCGACCUGCCUCGUUUUAUUCUUUUUUUUUAAAUCAAGCUGGAUAAGCACCUCUCUUAACUUAGCCUGCCCUGUGCCGUAUUGCAGGUUCAUUCGCCGUUUUAUGCAUCGUAUCGAGCCCUCUGGGCAUGGCUGAGAAGUUAAAAACGUGAAUGUGAGCAGCACCGUGCUGCGUCCCAACAUGGCAGAACCAAGCUGACAAAAACCACUAUCUCUCUAUCAUAUACUCGCUGAGUGCACUGAAGUCCUUUUACAGUGGCCUUGAAACUGCCUACAAAUCUCCCCCCAUCGUCAUCACCAUGUUUGUCACGUAACAAGGUGCAAUUCCCAAUUCCACUCCUGAUUGAAUAUGUAUGCAAUGUAAACGAUAUGUGCUGGGAAAUGUAUUUUUGAUGUGUUCCUUCAUUUUAUAAUGUCUCUUCUAUUCUCGUUUGGGCACAUUUACUGUGUUAUGUAAGAAAAAAAUAACUUUAUUAUUUUAGAUAUGAUGUUCAUCUGAUGUUCUUUUUGGAUAAUAUGUAUGCUGUCCAAUGUGUCAUUGUGUGACAAAAAUAUAUGGCUGUUUUGGUACAGUUGAUGAACCCAAA